UGUUCACGCCUUCAAAAUUAAAUGGUGUUUAUGUCGUUAGAUAGUUAAAAAAAUGUAAUUCUGAGAAGAUGAUCAUCCUAGCAUAUUAUUAAUUAAUGUGUUACCUACGUGUAUUCUGAUUUAUUUAUUUAUUUUAUUUUUACUCCCGGGCCCUUAGGAAGUCUUCAACGGAAGCUCCCCCGCUGGGUGACGUCUUGUUGUGUCGAGCUUCUUUGCUAGCCGCCGCAUUAGCCUCUGUUGUGUUUUGUCAUGUCAGGAUCGCGCGGUCCCCUUACACAACAGGGCCGGUAAAGAGAUCACUUCUGCAGGUGUCCGCCUUUGUGGAGGAACAGAGGACAGAAAUCUGCGCGUGUCGCAUUAACGUGAGAUGAAAUGACAACGUCAACAUUACAGAAAGCCAUUGAUCUUGUCACUAAAGCCACAGAGGAGGACAAGGCGAAGAAUUAUGAGGAGGCUCUGCGCCUGUACCAGCACGCUGUGGAGUAUUUCCUGCAUGCCAUUAAAUAUGAGGCCCACAGUGACAAGGCGAAGGAGAGCAUACGAGCGAAAUGCAUGCAGUACCUGGACAGAGCAGAGAAACUGAAGGACUACCUGAAGAAUAAAGACAAACAGGGCAAGAAGCCGGUCAAAGAAGCACAGAGCAAUGACAAGAGUGACAGCGACAGCGAGGGCGAAAACCCUGAGAAGAAAAAGCUGCAGGAGCAGCUUAUGGGUGCUAUUGUGAUGGAGAAACCCAAUGUGAGGUGGAGCGAUGUUGCUGGACUGGAGGGAGCUAAAGAAGCCUUGAAGGAAGCUGUCAUCCUACCCAUCAAAUUCCCUCACCUUUUCACAGGCAAACGGACCCCAUGGAGAGGCAUCCUGCUGUUCGGUCCUCCAGGGACGGGGAAGUCGUACCUGGCCAAGGCCGUGGCCACCGAGGCCAACAACUCCACCUUCUUCUCCGUCUCCUCCUCAGACCUCAUGUCCAAGUGGCUGGGAGAGAGUGAGAAGCUGGUGAAAAACCUGUUUGAUCUGGCUCGCCAGCACAAGCCUUCGAUCAUCUUCAUCGAUGAGGUGGACUCUCUCUGCGGCUCCAGGAACGAGAACGAAAGCGAGGCCGCCCGUCGCAUCAAGACAGAGUUUCUGGUCCAGAUGCAGGGUGUCGGAAACAACAACGAUGGCAUUUUGGUGCUGGGAGCCACCAACAUCCCCUGGGUGCUGGACGCCGCCAUCCGCAGAAGAUUCGAGAAGCGUAUCUACAUCCCUCUGCCGGAGGAGCCGGCUCGGGCUCAAAUGUUUCGCCUCCAUCUGGGCAACACGCCGCACAGCCUGAGCGAGGCCGACCUGCGGCAGCUCGCCCGCAAAACAGAAGGCUACUCCGGUGCCGACAUCAGCAUCAUCGUCCGGGAUGCUCUGAUGCAGCCAGUUAGGAAGGUCCAGUCUGCCACACAUUUCAAAAAGGUCCGCGGUCCAUCCCGAAGCAACAACCAGGUGAUGGUGGAUGACCUCUUGACACCAUGUUCCCCUGGUGAUCCCGGGGCCAUAGAGAUGACCUGGAUGGACGUGCCUAGUGAUAAGCUACUGGAGCCCAUAGUCUGCAUGUCGGAUAUGCUGCGCUCUCUGUCCACCACCCGACCCACAGUCAACACUGAAGACCUGCUCAAGGUCAAGAAGUUCACAGAGGACUUUGGGAUGGAGGGCUGAGACAGAGCCUCGCGUCUCCCACUCCACCCCCCCUCAGUCCAGCAGAAGGGUCAAACUGCUCCCAGUACCAACACUCCACCCCUCUCCUCUGCACCAUCCUGUAGGCUUUCAUCUUCGGCCGAGCACUUGGUUCACUGCCUCUCCUGGAUUUAUAACAGCCGUCUGGUCUCUGUGUGUGUGCCCCUUGUUCAGGCCUGGAUGUUUGGAUCCUUGGAGGACAUUGACCAAAUGCAGAAGUAGAAAAUCUCAGUGUGAUUUGGUAGCUGGACCGUAGACCCCCAAUCACCACUACCACCACCCCCCCUGCGUCUUUCCCACCCCUUUACAGACUGUGUUCCAUUACAGCAUAUUCACUACAAGAACUGUUCAUCUGCGCUGCAUUUGAUGUGAGGAAAUACAAAAAGUUUGUCCCUCUGAGCCCGAUCCGUCUCUGACUGAAGGACUGUACAUUCUGCUGCCGUCGUGCACUUCGCUUUGGCAUCGCCGUGAAGGACAGUGAAGAAGAAACAAAAAGAAGACGUCAGUUCUCCUGCCAGGCAUGCGAGUGUGUGAAUGCAUUUAAGUGUUUUUAUUAAACUUGUGUGUCUUAAUGUUCCUGUCUAAAUGUUAUUUUGAUAUUUAAUGCAGUUAAACCAAGCGAGCGCGUCUGGAUGAGGCCUGUAGCUCUGUGCGCGCAGCAGUUUGUGUGACGCAUUGACACUACCAGAGAUGUGCUUGACUGAGAGCUGAAUGCAGCAUUUCUGCAGUGAUCACUUCAAUCAGAUGUGAAGCAUUUCAGUGUUUGCUGCUUUUCUUUGUCUUCUGUAGCAGAGAGCUUAAUGUCCUUCAUGUUUAAACUAAAUGAGACGUAAACUCUGGGAGGUGUUUUUCAGGAUGUUCUCACGUUUGGACGAUUUAUUGGAGAAAAUCAAUUCAUUACUGCAGCAUUUAGUCAACAUGAGUGACAAGUCUGUGAACUAAACCGUCCCAAGUGAUGAUGAAAAGACAAUGGCUGCUUUUUUCCAAUGAGAAUAAACUGAUGGCUGAUGCAUCAACACUUCCUGCUUUGGAGCAUGGACUGUAAAUAAAUGAUGGGCAUAGGCACAGUGAUGUCAUUCACUGGUUUUUAGAGUCCACAUUUUGAAGCCCCAGUAUUAGCAUUUUGGGGUUUUUUUGGUGUUAAGAGUGACCAUAUUCUGACGAGAGGGUGAAGCGUCGCACAAAAACACAAACCUGCUAUUUAGUGUGAUUAGAGGUGAUUAGAGGUGAGCUGUCGGCUCCUCUCAAUCAAACAGAAGCGCCCAUAACUUUAAAUCCAAUCAGAGUAAAAGAAAACAUCACCUGCUCCAGCACAGGUGGUGUGAGGGUGGGGAGGAUCUGUAGAAACCAAAUCUUUUUUUCUGUAAACAUUUUAAUGCCAUUAACUGUUCGUUCAAACAUGGCUGCUUACCUGAUCUUUAGAGGCAGCCUCAAGUGGCCAUUAGAGGAACUGCAGUUUUUGGCACUUUCACAUUUGCUUCCUUUUUCAGGCGAGAACAGCUUUGAAACUAAAUCUACAUUAUACUGUGUGCGGCUACCGUGGGCCAGUCAAAAUGCUUUAGGAGGCUGUCACUCGUGGAAGAAAGCUUUCUUUAUUUUAUUCAUAUAUAUAUAAAACAAGAUUUUUUUCUUUUUCAGUUUUAGAUGGUUUUGCGAUGCUUUUCUUCUUGGAUUUUCUUGCUGGUUCAGGUUUUUGUUCCGGGUAUUCACCUGUUUUCAUGCUGAAAACAUGACAUCCACACUCAGCUGGUGUGGAUGUGAGACAUCAGUGGGAGAAAAAUGCCACAAACUGCAGUUUGUUGCACAGGAUAAUUAACAGACUACAGAUUAUCCACUAAUAACUUCAUGUAAUCACACUGGAUUUUUUGGGAGGAUCAGUCAAGCACAUCUCUUUGUUUUGACCUGCACUACUGGUCAGACAGUAUUAGAGCAUUAUUUAUACAACCUAUUGGUCCGUUGUGACGUGUAACUAAUCGAGCUACAGUGUGUUAACUUUAAUUUUCUCUGAUUCCUGAUGGAGCAUCAGUGAGAGGCCUGGUUUUUUUUUUUUUUUCUUUUCUUUUCCCCCUUAUGGAGGUAAAUGUACACACUAAGUUCUCCUCCGAGGGCAGAGGCGACUGAGAUCUACUGAAAGUUUCAUUGCUGUUGUCCUGAUUUCAGCUGUAAGGAGUUUAGCCUGUUCUGCACACGCUCUCUGGCCUCGGCGCGUCUCGCUGACUCGGACUUCUGGGAGCUCCAGUGGAGCUGCUGCGUGUUUGUGGAGGUACCUGUGGUUCAGGGGAGCUCAGUCAUUAACGUCCCUGUACGGGGGCCUAACCUGACGCUGGCCAUGUUACCAUUAUUACUAAUUUAACCUGAAUAAAUAAAGACUGACAUUUCAAAUGAAAGAACGACACCACUGCUGGUUUGACGUGUUUUAUUCUGCUGGUGGAUGUUUGGUCUGAGUCACGUGCCCACUGAUCAGCACUUCAUUUCUGAAAAAUUUCAAGUGCUUUGUAAAAUAAAUAAAAAUGUAAAAUCAAA